AUGGGUGAACCCAGCUACAAGCGGCUGGAAGAACCCUUUGCCAAACAUCUGCCAGAUGGCAGCCAUUGCCAGCUGUGCCAAAAGUGCCCAAGCAGCACCUACGGGCAGCUGGUGUCUUUGAUGAACUUCCCUUUCUUGAUAGCAUGGGCAUUUGCUCUUCCAUAUCCCAAGCUCCGUCCACUCACCCUGAGGAUCUGCAUGUUCUGGUCCAGCGUGAUAGUCAUCUGUAAAAUGAUAUACCAGCUGAAAUUUGUCAAGCCCUUGCAGUAUUCCUCCAACUGCACACAGGGGCUGCAGCUGAACACGACUUACCACUCUACCAAUGCGGAUGAGUUACUGGAGAAGUCAGCCUUGUACGCAGCACCAGUGGACCCAGCGCACUGGGUCGGAGGCCUGCUGAAGUGUAAUGCCAAUGUCUUUCCUUACCUAAAGAAUCACCUCACCAUCCUGCUUCUAAUGGCUCUGGAAGCAACGGUGCAGCGCCACCAGCUCUACUACCGGAUUCAGAAUCAGCGGCUGCCGCCUCCCACAGGGAGUCUCUUUCAUGACAUUACCCGGGACAAAUUGGAUGACAGUGUACUCAGUUGUGUCAAAUACUUCAUCAAUUAUGGUUUUUACAAAUUCGGAUUAGAGAUAUGUUUUGUGGCUGCCAUUAACGUGAUCAGGCAGCGCAUGGACAUCUAUGCCCUUGUCUACGCCGUUUGGCUGAUUUACCUGUUGAGCUUCCAUCGGAGGAAAGCAGUUGCUGAGGUCUGGCCCAAAUACUGCUGCUUCCUCGCUAGCAUCGUGGCUUUUCAGUAUCUGCUUUGCAUUGGUCUCCCGCCUGCUCUGUGCCAAGAUAACCUGUUUGCUGGCAGAUUAUCCCUGGAGGACUUCUCACUGGGUGCUCCACUCAGAUCUGAUUAAAUGGCUGU